AGUAUAAUAACCCUUUUUUUUUAAAUUUUUCGUCAAUCUAUCGUCUCCGGACGCAACUGCCGACAGUCCCUUCUCUCUCUCGCUCUCUUUCUCUCUCUCACAUUCGUUUCGAUCGAAGGUAGAAGAAGCAGGUGAACUCGAGAGCUCGUUUGAUCUCGCUCUGUACUUUGGGUUGCUGCAAGGGCAAUAUGUCAGGCAUGGAGGAUGUCAAAGAUCAUGAACGUGUGGAUGGAGAUGUCACAGAGGACUCAGAAAAAGCCAUGCCAACACCCCAACAGGAGGAGGAAGCUGUUAAGAAUAAGUAUGGAGGAAUUAUGCGUAAGAAACCACCACUGAUUUCUAAGGACCAUGAACGUGCUUACUUUGACUCUGCUGAUUGGGCUCUGGGGAAGCAAGGUGUAGAGAAGCCCAAAGGACCACUUCCACUUCGACCUAAAUUGCAGCCAACACAACAGCAAACUAGAUACCGAAAAUCUCCUUAUGCCCCAUCAGAUGGUGAAGGAGGGAAUGCUCCAUCCGAGGAUGCAUCUGCAAAUGAAUGAGAGGAUAUUGUUGUUGGUCUUUCGAUAUUGUGAGAACUUCUGAUUCGCAUGCUAAUAGCUGAAUAGGUGAUGAGUGCAUUUGUGUUGUUUCAUUAAAAUUGCCGAAAAUGUUUGAACUUUUGUUAAGAAAAAAGAAAAACAACUUCGGUCUGUUGCAACUAUACUUUCAAGAGUCGAAGCUUUUUAUCCAUCUUAUUCCUGAAGCACAAUGUAUUUUUUUUCCCCUCUGGAUUACGAGCAAAGAACUUGCAGAUUAGAUUUAAUAUUAUUUUUUCUUUAUUCCUCAAA